CAUCUUCGAAGACUUGUCAGCAAAUUCAAGAAAAAACCCGGCAGUGCUUUUUAUACACAGUCUAUGGCUGUUAUCGUGUCCCUUUCUCUGUUCUAUUGCGUCUAAUCCGUCCUUGCCGCUGUGGCCCACGAAGCAGUCAACACGCAGAGUUGCGGGUCAUUCGAAAGGGUCUAACCCUGACCGUCCUCGACAAUCUGUCCGGAUCAUACAGCCUAUAAGGCUUCAUAGUCUCAGACCUCGACGGCCUUGCUAUUAUAUAAUCUUCAGUCGGCGACAAUGGCUCCGUCCGAAUUCUCCACGCCCCUCCUGGCUUCACUGGAGCAGGUGUCCCCAGCGAAGGACAGUAAGACCCCUCCGCGGCGCAAGAAGACAAGCGGGGGAGAUAAAGACAAGAAGACAAGCUCACGAAAGGCUGGUCUCAAGAGCGUCUCGUCCUCCGACCUCUUGCCGACAUCGACACCCAACGGCGAUGCGGACAGCCAGAGCAAAGAGCCGGGGUUCCUAGAACGCAGGAACCCCCCUUCUUUCCUGGGUCGCUGCAAGCACGUUGUCACAAAGCACUCGUGGAUUAUUCCUCUAAUUAUGAUGCUCGCCUUCCUCUCCGGAUAUGCCUACAACCCGACCGAGUCCAACAUCAUCCACCGCUUCAUCUUCCUCUCCUACGCACAGGAGCCUCUCGAGGGCGCCGACCCUAGCGCACCAACACUAUACGGCAAGGGUCUUUGGGAUUUCGCAUUUGUGUCUUUCUACACCGUUGUUUUGUCUUUCACCCGCGAGUUCAUUAUGCAAGAACUAUUGCGACCGCUCGCCCGCUUCUGUGGUAUCAACUCGCGCGGAAAGCAGUACCGUUUCAUGGAACAGGUGUACACAGCCAUCUACUUCUCGAUUAUCGGAUCCGCUGGACUAUACGUCAUGAGCGGGACGCCGAUGUGGUACUUCAAGACGCACGGCAUGUACGAGUUCUUCCCGCACAAGACCCACGUGGCUAUUUUCAAGUUCUACUACUUGUUCCAGGCGGCGUAUUGGUCGCAGCAGGCUAUUGUCAUGUUGCUGGGCUUGGAGAAGCCUCGCAAGGACUUUUAUGAGCUUGUGGCCCACCACAUCAUCACCCUGACUCUUAUUUUCUUGAGCUACCGAUUUCACUUCAUGCAUAUUGGUCUUGCCGUUUACAUUACUCAUGAUAUUAGCGAUUUUUUCCUUGCUUUGUCCAAAUCACUCCACUACAUCGACUGCCCCGUGGUGGAACUAUAUUUCGGUACCAGCAUCAUCUCCUGGAUCUACUUCCGUCACUACCAGAACCUACGCUUCAUCUACUCCCUCUUCACCGAGUUCAAGACCGUCGGACCCUACGAGCUUAACUGGGAGACGCAGCAAUACAAGUGCACGCUCUCCUUCGUCAUCACAUUAGGGCUGCUGCUCAUGCUCCAGUCUAUCAACAUCUUCUGGCUGUACUGCCUCCUGCGCAGCGCCUACCGCUUCCUUGUGCACAAUAUUGUGAAGGACGACAGAUCCGAGGUCGAGGAGUCCGAGCUGGAAGAUUUGGAGCGCAAGAAGGCACGGAAAGAGCGCAAGGAGGAGGAGGAACGUAAUAGGGCUGCGGAACUGCUGCUGUUGAACGGCAAUGGGUCUGUUAAUGGUAAUGCUAAGCGUGCGGUAAAGGCUACUGGGAGUGGGAGUACGUCGUCGGCGGCGAAGAAGAGGAAGAGCGCUCCGCGGCGAUCUGCGGCGGCGUCGUCUUGAUGAGUUUAUAUGACUUAUGGUAUAGAGGGAAACGGUCGAUAAGUAGUAAUUAAUAAUGUAAUAUAUUCAUAAUUCUAAAC